CGUCGAGAUGCCACUGAUGCCGUUUUGUCGUCAGCUCGUACCUCGUGUCAUUUGGGAGCUCAUUAGCGUGGGAGUCUUGAUCCUCCAUUAUUAGGUGGAUAUAUAAGGUAACGUUGGCCAUCAUGUUGUCUCUCUACCGGCCUCUCCCUCUCCCUCUGCUCGACGCAAAGCAGGGUUCAUUACCACCAGGUUCAGCGCAAUAUUCCCCUCGUUUCCUUUUGAGUUGGCUCAUAUCACAUCACACAACACCAUACUGUCAAUCAUGACGCGAGACGCCGAGAAGGCUGCCGGGGAUGAACCGGAUCCCAAUCCUCUGGGACUUGACGAAGCGGAAAUCAAGCUCCUCGACAGCCAGGUAGAAAUCCUUCCGAGCAAGGCCGGAUAUAUGGCCAUCUACCGCUAUGCCAAUCGGUUCGAUCUUCUUGUCAUGGCGGCAUGUGCUUUGGUGGCCAUUGUGGCGGGCUCGACCAUGCCCCUGAUGACGGUCGUGUUCGGCUCCCUAACUGGAAAGUUUACCGAUUUCACGACGAAUCCUGCAGGAGCAGAAGUGUUUGUGAAUCAUGUCCACCGUCUGGUCCUGUAUUUCGUCUACCUUGGUCCGACUUUCCUGCAAACCGCCUUUUCUCAUUCGGCCGUUUGCUUUCUCGCUAACCUCUGCGUAGGAAUUGCCUCGUUCCUUGCUAUUAGCCUGCACGUCCUUGGCUUCACUUGGACUGCGCAGCGUAUCUCAAAGCGCAUGCGAGUUGCCUAUCUAGAGGCCGUCUUGCGCCAGGAUGUCGCCUUCUUCGACAACCUUGGCGCCGGCGAGAUCGCCACACGCAUCACGGCUAACAUGAACGUCGUCCAAGAUGGCAUCUCCCAGAAGGUUGGCCUGACAAUUUCGGGCGUGGGUUCUCUCUUCGCCGCCGAGAUCAUUGCCUUCAUCACCUCUUGGCGGCUGGCCCUCGUCAUGUUGUGUCUACCUGUGCUGAUCACGGCAUGGAUGGGCGUUAUUGGGGGCCGGAUGAAGCUAGCCCAGACCGGCUCCAUCAACGCGUACGCUUCGAGUUCUAUCCUAGUCGACGAAGUCAUAUCGUCAAUUCGCAGUGUCAUCGCGUACGGUUCCCAGCACCGGUUCGCAAAAAGGUACGACGCGUCACUCGUCAAGCCAAUGAAGCUGGACUUCGUCGCCAAGGCCCUCAUGGGCACCCUCAUCGGUGGCAUGAUGUGGUUCAUGCUCGGCGCGUUUGCCCUCUCCUGCUGGGCUGGGUCACGCUUCAUGGCAAACGGUGACGCGACCGUGUCCCAGGUCGUCACAGUGCUCCUUGCAUCGGCGAUUGCUGGGGUAGCCUUCGGCACGGUCGCGCCGCACUUGCAGGCUUUUGGUGCCGCUGGCGCUGCGGCCAACCAGAUUUUUGCUGUCCUCGACCGAAAACCGACGACUCCGUUGGGUUGUGGGAAACGUCUGGAUAAGGUGGAUGGCCACGUCAGGUUCGACAAGGUCAAGCUUGUCUAUCCAUCCCGGCGACACCAGCUUGUGUUCGAGGAGUUCAGCUUGGAUAUACCGGCUGGGAAGACUACCGCCAUCGUAGGGCCGUCGGGCUCGGGAAAGUCGAGUCUUUUCUCGUUGCUGGAACGAUUCUACUCCCCACUUCGCGGACAGAUAUUGCUCGACGGACACAACAUCCAAGACUUGAAUCUUCAGUGGCUUCGAUCUCAGGUCAAGGUCGUUUCUCAAGAGAGCUUCUUGUUCAACACCACCGUGUUCGAGAACAUCGCUUAUGGGCUGAUCGAAUCUGACCACGGAUCGGCCGAUGAUACCACGAAAACCAAGCUCGUGGAAGAAGCAGCGAGGAUCGCGAACGCACAUGCCUUUAUAUCAGAGCUUCCGAAUGGGUAUCAAACCUCUGUUGGAGAGGGUGGCAGCCUCCUGAGCGGCGGCCAGCGGCAAAGGAUCGCAAUUGCUCGUGCAGUCGUGUCAAACCCAAAGAUCCUCCUCCUAGACGAACCCACUGCAUCGUUGGACACCAAAUCAGAAAGCGCAAUACAGGCGGGUCUAGAAGCCGCAUCAGCUGGAAGGACCACCAUCGUGAUCGCACAUCGUCUCUCCACCGUCAGGGAUGCCGACAAGAUUGUCGUCGUCGAGCACGGCAGGAUUAAAGAGCAGGGCACCCACGAUGACCUUCUCGCGAGGGGGGGCGCCUACGCAUCCCUUGUCGCCGACCAGACGCUCCAUUCCGGUGCUGGCGGAGACGUCGCUGAAAAGACACACGAUCCAGAUUCAGGAAGCGAGACAGGCGAUGCCACUGCCCCAAAGGAGUUCAAUACCAAGGAAACCGCCACGGAGGCGUCACAAAAGCCCACCCGCACAUCCCGCUACGAGCUCUUCAAGUUCCUCUGGAAGCUCAACAAGCCAGAGCAGGCCUACCUAAUAGCCGGCUUCAUCGGCAGCAUGUUCAGCGGCCUCGCCUACCCCAUGACAGCAAUCCUCUUCAGCAACCUCGUCCUCGCCCUGACCGACCCAACCCUGACCCUCGGCAACCACACCGUCCCCUUCUGGUCCGGCAUGCAAUUCCUCCUCGCCUGCACCAUCUUCGCCACCAGCCUAGCCCAGCACAUCCCCCUCGCCCACGCCUCCUCCCGCCUCGUCUCCCGCGCCCGCACCACCGCCUUCGCCGCCCUCCUCCGCCAGGACGCCGCCUUCUUCGCCGACCCGGCCAACGCCCCCGCCUCCCUCGCCGCCCUGCUCUCCCACCACGCAGACCGCCUCAACGGCCUGAGCGGCGCCGUCCUGGCCGCCGCCCUCGCCGCCGCCUCCGCCGUCGUCGCCGGCCUCGCCGUAGCCGUCGCGUCCGGCUGGCGCCUCGGCCUCGUCGCCGCCUCCACCAUGCCCCUCGUCGUCGUCACGGGCUACGCCCGCAUGCGCGUCCUGUCCGACCUCGAGCGCCGCAACCUGGGCGCCGGCGGCGGCGCCGCGGGCGUCGUCUCCGAGGCCGUGCGAGGGAUCCGCGCCGUCGCGGCGCUGGGCAUCGCCGACGCCGUGGUGGGCAGGUAUGCCGGCCGGUUGCGCGACGAGACCCGCUCGGGGCUGGUGCCCGCCGCCGGGCUGGCUGCGCUGUAUGGGUUUAGUCAGUCCGUGGGGCUGUUCUGCUCGGCGCUGGUGUUCUGGUAUGGCGGGGUGAGGUUGAUGCCCGGUGGGGAGUACACGGUGCGGGAGUUCCUGGUGUGCUUUGUCGCUACUACGUAUAGCGCCCAGGCCGCCGGGAGCAUCUUCUCGUUCGCGCCUGACUUGGCUGGUGCGCAGGAGGCGGCGAGUCGGCUGAAGGCGUUGGUUGAGACGGUUCCUGGGAUUGAUGCCGAGGCGGAGGUGGGUGAGGCGGCGGGGGGGAUUAAGGGGAAUGUGGGGUUGCGGGACGUGGACUUUGCGUAUCCGUCGAGGGCGGAUCGGGGCGGGCAGCUGGUGCUCAAGAAGGCGACACUCAAGGCCGACGUGGGCAGGUUUGUAGCCAUCGUCGGCGCGAGCGGCAGCGGCAAGAGUACCGUCUUAGGGAUGCUGGAGCGGUUCUACGAUCCACUUUCCGGACAGGUCUUAGCCGAUGGAUUGGAUAUACGCCGCUAUCGUCUCCAGCAGUACCGCAAGCAGAUUGCGCUGGUCGAGCAGGAUGCCGUCCUCUUCGGCGGGACCAUCCGGGACAACAUCAUCAGUGACGAGGAUGCGGAGCUGCCGGCCAUCGAGCAGGCAUGCCGGGAGGCAAAUAUAUGGGAGUUUGUGCAAUCUCUGCCCGACGGGCUCAACACACUGGUGGGAUCUCGAGGCAGCCAGGUUUCCGGAGGCCAGAGGCAGCGACUGGCCAUUGCCCGAGCCCUGCUGCGUAAUCCAAAUAUUCUCCUGCUCGACGAAGCGACCUCCUCGCUCGACUCCAAGUCAGAGGCCGUGGUGCAGCAAGCACUCAACGCGGCGUCCGUGGGGCGAACCACGAUAGCCAUCGCCCACCGGCUGAGCACCAUCGCCGACGCGGACUGCAUCUACGUCUUCGAGGAUGGCGCGGUUGUCGAGGAGGGGAACCACCAGGAGUUGAUGGCCAUGAAGGGGAAGUACUGGGAAUACGUGGGGAUGCAAAGCCUUGCGAGAUAAAUGCUGUCUGCGAGUAGAUCGGAACCUCUUCGGGGUGGAGGAAAAGGGGGAAAUAGCUAAUCGCGGACUCUUUGGACACUUGGGUGUAAGUAUAAAUGUGGAUAGUUUCUAACUCUACUCUACCUGCUCGUAAUGAGGCGUCAAUGAGACGCAAUUGGCAG